AUGAGUGAAAACUGGUACUCAAACUCUUCAGAAAACUGGCGUCACAUUUGGAGUGUCAGUGACACAAAGCAUGAUUUGUAUGCAGAUAGCAAUAUCACCUAUGUGAACUACUAUCUUCACCAGCCUCAAAUGGCAGUGAUUUUCAUUAUUUCCUACUUUCUGAUCUUCUUCCUAUGCAUGGUGGGAAAUACAGUGGUUUGCUUUAUUGUAAUGAGGAACAAACAUAUGCACACGGUCACUAAUCUCUUCACCUUGAACCUGGUCAUAAGUGAUUUACUAGUUGGCAUAUUCUGUAUGCCUAUCAUGCUGCUGGACAAUAUUAUAGCAGGAUGGCCUUUUGGAAGUAAAAUGUGCAAGAUCAGUGGCUUGGUCCAGGGAAUAUCCAUUGCAGCUUCAGUCUUUACUUUAGUUGCAAUAGCAGUAGAUAGGUUCCGGUGUGUCGUCUACCCUUUUAAACCAAAGCUCACUAUCAAGACAGUGUCUGUCAUCAUUAUGAUCAUCUGGAUCCUGGCCAUCGCCAUUAUGUCCCCAUCUGCAAUAAUGUUACACGUCCAGGAAGAAAAACAUUACCGAGUGAGACUCAACUCCCAGAAUAAACCAGUCUACUGGUGCCAAGAAGGCUGGCCAAAUAGGGAAAUGAGGAAGCUCUAUACCACUGUCCUGUUUGCUAACAUCUACCUGGCUCCGUCCCUCAUCCUCAUCACGUAUGGAAGGAUUGGAAUUGCAUUCUCCAAGACAACAGUGCCCCACUCAGGCAAACAGAACCAGGUGGUGUCCUGGCACAUGGUGUCCAAGAAGCAGCAGAAGGCCAUUAAGAUGCUCCUGACUGUGGCCCUGCUUUUCAUUCUCUCCUGGCUGCCCCUGUGGACUCUGAUGAUGCUCUCAGACUAUGUUGACCUGUCUCUGAAUGAACUGCGGGUCAUCAACAUCUACAUCUACCCUUUUGCACACUGGCUGGCCUUUGGCAACAGCAGAGUCAAUGCUUUUCGCCUCCAUCUCUGCCAAAAAAGAGAAAAGUCCAAGGAAACCUACACCCUAAGAGCUAAAAACAAUGUGAUCAUCAACAUAUCUCAACUGUCAGCUCAGGAAUCUACAAUUAAAAACCCACAUGGGGAUAUUGUGCUUUGUAGGAAAAGUGCUGAAAAACCCAUACAGGAAUUAAUGAUCAAGAAUUAG